CCGGCGGCCCCCUCUCUCGCCGCCGCCGCCGGCCCCGCCCCCGGGCACCAUGCUGCCCUCGCAGGAAGCCUCCAAGCUCUAUCACGAGCACUACAUGCGGAACUCGCGGGCCAUCGGCGUGCUGUGGGCCAUCUUCACCAUCUGCUUCGCCAUCAUCAACGUGGUGGUCUUCAUCCAGCCCUACUGGGUGGGCGACAGCGUGAGCACCCCCAAGCCUGGCUACUUUGGCCUCUUCCACUACUGCGUGGGCAGCGGGCUGGCGGGCCGCGAGCUCACGUGCCGGGGCUCCUUCACCGACUUCAGCACCAUCCCGUCCGGCGCCUUCAAGGCUGCCGCCUUCUUCGUGCUGCUCUCCAUGGUGCUGAUCCUCGGCUGCAUCACCUGCUUUGCGCUCUUCUUCUUCUGCAACACCGCCACGGUCUACAAGAUCUGCGCCUGGAUGCAGCUGUUGGCAGCUCUGUGCCUCGUUCUCGGUUGCAUGAUCUUCCCUGACGGCUGGGACGCUGAGACCAUUCGGGACAUGUGUGGGACCAAGACAGGGAAGUACUCCCUGGGGGACUGUUCGGUGCGCUGGGCAUACAUCCUGGCCAUCAUCGGCAUCCUCAACGCACUCAUCCUGUCCUUCCUGGCCUUCGUGCUGGGCAACCGGCAAACGGACCUGCUGCAGGAAGAACUCAAGCAGGAGAACAAAGAUUUUGUGAGCUCUACUGUCAGCUCCGUGUUACGGCCGGGAGGCGAUGUCUCAGGAUGGGGAGUCCUGCCCUGUCCUGUGGCUCACACACAGGGGCCCUGAAGGCUGGGAGUGCAGCCCAGGAAUUGGCCUGACCUCAGUGUUUCCUGUUUGCUGCCCUCUCGUCCCUGCCUUUCGGCUAGAGAGAUGACCCUGAUCUCUUACUACUCACGGACCUCCAGGCUUUGAGGAGACGGUGGGGCCAGGCUGCGGCAGGGCCAAGGGGAGAAGCCGUGCAGAUCCUGGGACAGCCUGAUUCUGGCCUUGCUCCAUUUGACCUAAGAGAGCCCAGGUUCCCCUCAAUCCCUACACACACUCUGGUUCCCUUGGGCUCCUGGCCUAUGUAGACCAGCUGGAGGCCUUGAGGACCCUCCAGGACAGAACUGAGGCGAUGCUGCUCUAUCUUCUAGGCCCUGGGUCUGGAGGGCUGCGUCCUGCUGUGUCCUUACUUCUCCUGUCUCUCCUUGACUUCUAUGGAAACUUAUUCAAGUUCAAGAUACUGCCCCAGGUGGGCCUGACUCUUUCCUACUUUAUUUUUAUUUGCUGAUGAUGGUCUCACCACAUCUGCCACAGAGCUCCAGGUGCCACCAGCCCCCCUGGGGCCUCCUCUGUCACCCCCCCCCCAAUAUUCCAGCCUGCUCCCAGCUCUCCCAAAGGGAUCUUGAGCUGCACCGAGGGAGAAAGCACAGGGUCUUCUGGUCAACUGCUGGUGGGCACUGAUCAGCUCAGAGACUGAGGAAAGACAUGGGCUCUGGAGGCAGAUGGGCCAAGACAGCUGACCUCUAUAGCCAGACAGAGCUUGCAGGCACACCCUGCCCAGGACAAGCCUGGCCUCCUUCCUGCUGGUGUAUCUCACCCUUGACUGGACCCUUGACUCUGGUCUGUUUUGUACAGCACAGACUUCUUGGCCCCAUUGUCAGGAUUGGGGGCUGUGGAAAAGGGACUCAAAAGUGGGGAAUUAGGAGGUAACUCCUCUUCUCAUAUUUCCCAUGCCCCCCUCCCCCUGCUGGCAUCUGCCAAGGGCAGAGGCUGUCUUGCCUCUUUGAUACUUUUCUUCAUAACUUGAACUUGCAGGUCACCUCUGAACAGGGUACCCCUGUCCCCACCCCCAGGCCUUGUUACCCUAUCCUUGCCCCUUCUUUCUCCUUGCCAACCUCUCGCCUUGUAAUAUGCCCAGGGUCUGCUGCCUGGUAGGCAGUGCUUAGAGCCCAGGCACGAGUGCGUAUGUGUGUGUGAGCGUGUGCACAAGUACAUGUUGGGGAGGGGCAGAUGCAAAGUCCUCUCCCUUCUCCCACAGUGAGGACUUCUCCCUCCCUCUUGGUAGAGAGCAAGUGAGGAAGACUUUGGUUUGAUUUUGUUUUAGUUUUUCUUAGCACCCCUAGUUACCUUGUGGAUUUGGGACAGAGCCAUCUAGCCUUGGGGGUCCCCCACCCUGGGGUCUGGACAAGCCUUUAGCCCCCAGUGGAGGGGUGCUGGCUAGCUUCAUCUAGAUUGCCAUCUUCUUGGGUAUGACCAUUGAUAUGGAAUGGGAUACUCCCUGCAGGCUUCUUGGGAGGCCUGUCACAAUCAGUUUUACUGUGGGGUCUCAGCCAGAAGGGGAGAGCAGCUAUACUUACCACCAUUGUAUUCAUUCCCAUAGAACCUAUGGCUGAGAGUUAGUAUUACUGAGAGAGACUCAACAACUAAGGCUAACCCAUCUGGGCCAUAACUGGAAUCAGAUGUUGGGGCUUGGUAGGAUUCCUUACACCUGGGAUGUACCAAAUCCUGACUUCACAUCUUCAGCUUCUUCCUCUAGGGUCCACACCUCUCCACAAAGCUCUAGCCAGUGCCCUGUGUGCCCCCUUUCUGUCCCAACCCAGACUCUUACCAAGGCCACAGUGCAGUCUUCCCCAGCAGGUGGCUCAGGGGUGAGGAUGGAGGGGAGGGAGGGGUGAAGUAGGGACAGGCAUGGGAGGGGCUGAUGUGAAUCCCUGUGUCAGGAAGAGUGAUGGAAGGGGCUGUGAGCAAGUGUUUAAAAGGAGGAGCUGAGAUAGGAGAACCCAGGGUGGGUGUGGGGAGAUAGGCGCAGAAGUGCGCUGCGCUGGAUUGGGCAGAGGAUAAAUGGAGAGAAGGUGAAGAGACAUGUGGAAAGAUGGUCAUUUGCAGGGCCAGAAUAAAUAUAAGGGGAGAGGAGGAAGGGCGAGGAGGCUGGAAAGUAUGGGGUGGGGUAUGAAGAGCAGCUGCAGUUUGGGCUCUGGGAAAGGAGAGAGCCUAGCCUGCUUCCCUGUGCUCUGCUAGAGAGGUUAAGACUGACUACUCGGAGGCAGAGCAGCUCCAUCCUUCUGUGGAGGACUGGGGGUGGGGGGACAACAUGUGGGGAACAGCCAGGCAGUGCUAGUAAUGGGAGGAGGACCAGUUCUGUUUUGGGAUUGUCUGACCAUGUUCCCAUUCCCCUCUGUCCAGCCAGCUGCUCCCCAUCACUGUGAGGUGCCUGGGAAUGCACCAAAGAGUUUAGGGCUAGGAAAGCAGGGUUGGGUAGUCUGACAUCUGGGUGGGAGGUGCAGGGUAGCAUAGGGAAGGUAUGGAGUUUGGAGUGGGCAUCAAACCAUAGUCCUGCCACUGAGGGUUUUGCAGAGGAAAGGACAGAGAGGAAGUGUGCUUCAGCCAAGGGCUCCUGAGAGACAGGAUGGCUCUCCAUGGCAUGCUCAGGGCAGGUGAGCUGGUUGUGACCUUGGACAGGAGACAGGCAGUGGAUAUCAGCAUGUCUGUUGUGGAUCCCACAAAGGUAUCUUGGGUACCAAGAGCCUUUUAGCUUAGGUCCCUGAAGUCUCUGCCACUUGAAAUUGGAUUGGGGUGGGGGGAGAUCUGCCACUACCCACUUUAUCUACCCCUGCCUGUUGAAUCUUUCAGGAAAGGAGAAAGUGGCCAAACCUAGCGGUGGUCCAGUCUCUGGCCAUGAUGCAAGUCAGGCCCAGACCUAGAGGUCUUGGAACAAGGGGUCAGAGCUAUAAAGGAGUUUUCCCUAAGGGGUGGGAAGGCUCAGUAUCCUUUUCAGCUUGAAGCCACAAGGUAAGAGCUUGCAGACAAUGCCCUGGGGAAGGAAGCCCAGGCCUUAUGGGACUUCUGCUGGGAAUGCUCCCUUCUCCACCCUCCAGUGUGAACUGAGAAAGGGAGACACUCUGGAGAAUCUGGGAUUGUCCCAGCACAAAGACUUCUGAGGAUCCCUGCUUGGCUCAGGGGCAGCUUGUGGGUGGAACUGGAGUUUCCUAAGAAGUGCACAGGUACUGGCGGUUCUGUGCUGGGUGGUUAGGAUAGCGUGGUGUUGUCUACACUCCAUUAGCAAGUUCUGUCUGGAUGUGUCCUUGCUGUUUAUCGUUCAAUUUGAUAAUAUUUCCUUUGGUCCUAACCCCUUCUGCUGCUGCUGGGUUUGAGCUUCAGUGCAGGUGGAAUGACAUUCAAAUAAAGAAACACUUUAUAUCACA